GGGAGGUUGUCUCUAAAUACUUGGAAGACUCACAGACUCUUACUGAGAUCCGUCCCUUGUGGGGCUUGUGCAGAAGUGAGCUCGCCUUCACUUUUUGAUGCUUGUAAAGCGACUAAGAGGAUCCCUGAAUUUGUGAGUCUCCAAAGUGCUGACAAUGGCAAAUGACUAACCUCACCUUUGCCCUGGGGACCAGCCCUGUGGUCUUUCUUUGUGGCCCAAGGAAUCCUAUGCUUUAAAUCCUUGGCAGAGAAAUAGAGCCAUGAAAUGCAAGAACUUUAAAAAAGAAUCCCCUCAGUUCAAGGAAAAGAUGCAGAUAUUCUGAUACUGUCCGAGUGCGUGUCAUGUCUUUACUCACUUUGUGAUAUUCUUCUGCCAAAAUAAGUGCAGUUCCCAGUUACAAGAACUCACCAGAUCUGAGGUCAUACUACUUCCUAGGCAACCGGUUGAUCAAUCACUGAUAUUCUGCAAUGUGUUGCAGCAAUAGAAACUGCCAAAAGUGGCUUUGAAAGCGAGGUACAAUGAAGAACCAAGAUGGUGAAAGCAAAGCUUCUCUUCUACCCCCCAGCCCUCCCCAAAUAAGGGAUGCUCUGGGGCCAGAAGAUAGUGACUUAGCCGAGGCUCCUGGAGGGAUUGUAGGAAGUGGAGAUUGUCGCCACCAACUUGGCCUCUCUGGCUUGAAACACUUUGCUGAUGACAGGCUUGAAAUGCCAGUGAACGAGGAGCAGAGGAAGAAAGAAGAGGCACAUCUGGCAGAGGAGGCUUUGCCUUGCCAGCCAGUCCCCGAUGUUUCUGAAGAGCUGAGCAGACAGCUGGAGGAUAUUCUGAGCACUUAUUGCAGGGACUCCAACCAGGAAGGGCCUGGAGAGGACAACGGCCAGAAUGAGUCUGUGGAGCUGGACGAACCAGAGAAGUGCCGAAGCGAGUCCCCCCGGAACGGGGACCAGGAGCAGAGCUGCCCUGAGAUAAAUGGCGAAAAGGAGGGUCCCAGGGGAAUUGGUGAUGAGAGUGGAGAGCGUGACCAAAAACGAGUCCAGGAGAAAAAGAAGCCCAGAGGGCUUGGCAAGGAGAUCACUCUUCUGAUGCAGACCCUCAACACCCUCAGUACAUCUGAGGAGAAGCUGGCAGCCCUCUGCAAAAAAUACGCGGAACUGCUGGAGGAGCACCGAAACUCUCAGAAGCAGAUGAAAAUCUUGCAGAAGAAGCAGACUCAGUUGGUGCAAGAGAAGGACCAUCUCCGAAGUGAGCACAACAAGGCCGUUUUGGCUCGCACCAAACUGGAAAGCCUGUGCCGGGAGCUACAAAGACAUAACCGUACUCUCAAGGAGGAGGGUGUCCAGCGAGCUCGGGAGGAGGAAGAGAAGAGGAAGGAGGUAACAUCCCACUUCCAGGUGAUGCUCAAUGACAUCCAGCUACAGAUGGAACAGCACAAUGAACGCAACUCCAAACUGCGCCAGGAGAACAUGGAGCUGGCCGAAAGGCUGAAGAAGCUCAUAGAACAAUAUGAACUGCGAGAGGAGCACAUCGACAAGGUCUUCAAACACAAGGACCUGCAGCAGCAGUUGGUGGACGCCAAACUCCAGCAGGCUCAGGAGAUGUUGAAAGAGGCGGAGGAGAGGCACCAACGGGAAAAGGACUUUCUGCUGAAAGAGGCCGUGGAGUCCCAGAGAAUGUGUGAGUUGAUGAAGCAACAGGAGGCGCAUCUUAAGCAGCAGCUGGCUCUUUAUACAGAGAAGUUUGAAGAGUUUCAAAACACCCUUUCCAAAAGCAGUGAAGUGUUCACCACGUUCAAGCAAGAAAUGGAGAAGAUGACCAAGAAGAUCAAGAAGCUGGAGAAAGAAACAACGAUGUACAGAUCCCGGUGGGAAAGCAGCAACAAAGCCCUUCUAGAAAUGGCGGAAGAGAAAACCCUACGGGACAAAGAACUGGAAGGGCUCCAAGUGAAAAUCCAGCGCCUUGAGAAGCUGUGUCGGGCCCUGCAAACCGAACGCAAUGACCUGAAUAAAAAGGUCCAGGAUCUGUGUGCCUUUGCAUCUCUGACCACGGGGACAGAGGUUAAGGAUCAGCCCCAUGGCAUUCCGGAGGAGCUGGCCCUGCAGGGCCCCCAGGCAGGAGAGGGCUUUGGUCUGGCCCAGACAAUGGGCCACCCAGGGCCCCCUGAGCAGCCUGGGGCACUGAGCACAGGCCUGGCACCCAGGCAGCCAGCAGAGGAAGCUGCUAACUCUGCUCCAUAAAGGUGAAGGAAAUGUGGGCAGGUUGCAGCUUUCUCCAGGUGGAUCUAUUCCUCUUUUGAAGCCCCGUGCUCAGAUGAAAACUGUUCCGGGGCUUUCAGGUUAAAGCUUUUGACAAUACUGAAUGCUUUUUUGGCUUUUAAAAUAAUAUCUCUAUUAUCCAACAUGAUGUACAGCAGCAACAUCCACCUUUUAUAUUUAGAUCUAUAAAUGAGAUUGACUCUGUUCUCCGCGUGGUGCUGUGUGAACAUCUAGGGGUGUGGCAAAUCCAGCCAUGAUCCUUUUAAAAGGUGGGAAGCAAAGCGGGGGAAGCUUGCUAAUUUUGACCUCCACCCACUGCAACAUCUGGCUGUUGUAGCUCUCAGUGAGUGCCAUACUAAUGCAGAUGCAAAGCAAAAAUCCCAGUGAGACUUUGAGGGUUGAUUUUUUUUUUCCUGAAAUUUUCUCUUUUUUAAAAAAAUUACCAGAUCUGCCCUUUAAAGCCAGUGCUGGAGACUCAGGAGUUUGAUAAUGUGGUAGAUUAUUCUUUUUAGUUUGUAGUUUGCAGGGCGGGGUGGGUGGGGUUGGGGGAGAGAAGGUGGGGAAUAAAGCUGAUGUGUUACUGUGACAUGGGGAGAGAGACCAAGGUGCCCCCUUCAUGGGUGUGGAUGGAGGAGGCAUCAUCUCCAGGACUUUGCUACUUCCAGAAUUGAUGUCUCAAUAGCCUUAUGACUUCACAGUUGCCUCUAUAAUUAUAUAUGUGCAUGCACAUAAACACACAGACACAAGCAAGUGUAUGUAUGUACUAAAGAUUUAAUCCAAAGGUUUUGCUUCCUUAACUGUUUUGCACAUGCUAAGCAUUCCUGUCUGUGUUUGUGCCUGGUGAAUUUUGGGUGGCAAAGUUAAUUCUCCUGUGUGUAACUUUCAAGGAGACAAAGCUUAACCUCCCAGUCCAGACCACCUAGGCGAUGGGCCCAGGAACUAGAACAACCUGGGUCCAACUCUUUGGCUGCCUGAAGUAUGUCCUAAUAGCACUUUUGAUGGAUCGUUUGUCUACAGAAUCGUGUGGUGAGGAGGUGUCCUCGGAGGUUUUUUGGUAAUUUUGUUCAUUUGGACCCUUCUUCACUUAUAGCCAAUUCGUUAUUUUAAUUUGUGCCACUUUUGGUCUUAAAAGCAAUCAUAAACUUAAUUUUUUUAGAUAGAUGCUAAAUCAGGGCCAUUUUAAGUAUUAAUAUAAAAUUCUUCUAUUGCUAGUAGCUUCCUUUCCACUUCAGGAGAGAGAUUUGGGAGGGGUGCUCACUGUUGAGUGCAAGGCCCAUCUUCCCGACGCGCCCUAUUCCUCUCCUCCCUCCCCCCACUCCCAGAUAGCAGUUCUGAGGGAAAAAUAGACCAGAGUUUUAGGAAAUGAGAAUUACUACUACAGUUUGUACAAUGUAACCCCUGCCCCAAGUGGAAGAUUGGGGGCCCUGUUUUCUGUGGGGUUCAAUUGCUGCUGAAAUUUUCCUCCACUCGGUCAGCUGGCAAGAAGAGAAUGAACUGUUGCAAAUGGGCCCCACAGAUUGUAAGAUGGGGAGAUCAUCUUUGCCCAUACUUUUCUCUUGUCUUCUGCAGUGUCAAGAAAAUCUUCCAAUUUUUAAUGCUGUUGUACAAUAGACUUUCUGUUCUAUGUAUCUUUGUACCCAAUAGAAAUGCAACAUGUA